UAUUCUUCUUAUAACCAUUUCCUUCAUCACCGCCGAGAGAGAGGAGAGAGACGGCGGCGAAAUGGGUCGUGUGAUCAGAGCACAACGUAAGGGAGCAGGGUCCGUCUUCAAGUCCCAUACUCACCACCGGAAAGGCCCCGCCCGGUUCCGUUCACUCGACUUCGGUGAGCGUAAUGGUUACCUUAAGGGUGUUAUAACUGAGGUUAUUCAUGACCCAGGUAGGGGUGCUCCAUUAGCACGUAUCACUUUCCGUCAUCCAUUCCGUUACAAGCACCAGAAGGAGCUUUUCGUUGCGGCGGAGGGUAUGUACACUGGUCAAUUCGUUUACUGUGGGAAGAAGGCUACGCUCAUGGUUGGCAAUGUGUUGCCACUUAGAUCUAUCCCUGAAGGAGCUGUCGUUUGCAAUGUUGAGCACAAAGUUGGUGACCGUGGUGUUUUUGCAAGGUGCUCUGGUGAUUAUGCUAUUGUUAUCAGUCACAAUCCCGAUAAUGGAACCACUAGGAUUAAGCUUCCAUCAGGAUCCAAGAAGAUUGUUCCAAGUGGGUGUCGUGCCAUGAUUGGUCAGGUAGCUGGAGGAGGACGUACCGAGAAACCAAUGCUCAAAGCAGGUAACGCAUACCACAAGUACAGGGUGAAGAGGAACUGCUGGCCCAAGGUUCGUGGUGUUGCUAUGAAUCCCGUGGAGCAUCCUCAUGGUGGUGGUAACCAUCAACAUAUUGGUCAUGCUAGUACUGUCCGUCGUGAUGCACCACCUGGUCAAAAGGUUGGUCUUAUUGCUGCAAGGAGGACUGGUCGUCUUCGUGGACAAGCUGCCGCCACCGCUGCUAAGGCUGACAAGGCUUAAAAAGUUUACCUUAUCAUUGUUUUUACGUAUUUGUUUCCGGAUUAGUCUUUUAAACUAUUUGAGUGCUGAAAUUAUACUAAAUUUUGGUGGGAUAUUCAGUAUUAAGUUUUGUCAUCUAGACAAGUUUGCCAGUUAACAUUAUGAUUCAUUUUGCUCCUAA